GUCACUCCUAGAGUAGCUCUUCUUGCAAAUACUUGCCUAACUUGCCUCUGACACACUCCCUCUCUUAGUGCUCCGCCGGGCACUGCCUUCCCAUCAUCGGAUUCUGGAUUUAGCCUUUGGAGCCUUGGACAAAAGUUGCCUAACAAGCCAAUGUGGAAACAUCUACUGGAGGAUCGCUGCUCUCAUCAGCAACGCUAAACAAGUGUGUCUGAGAACCCACCCACCACGCGAGUUCUGCAAUGCUCACAGCCGUCUGUGGUUCUCUUGGCAACCAGUGCUCAGAAACACCCUGCUCCUCUCCAACCCACCUGGAACUGCAACCUCUGCAGAACUACCAGCCCCACACCAGUCCAGAGAGUGGGGGAGAUUUCCCAUCCCCUCUGCAGCCCACAGAACUCCAGCAUCUGCCUUUGCCUGGGCCCGACACAGAGUAUUCAUCCAACUCCGGUUACGAGCUGCAUGGGUCUUCGCGGUUAGACCUGGACUGCGAAAGCCAGCUGCCUCCAGGAUCCUACUCUAAGCUCCUACAGGCAGCGCCUGAUAUGGCUCACCACUAUGAACCUUGGUUCAGGCCUACACAUCCCAGCAAUGCUACUGAUGAUGGUAGUGUUAAUCCGUGGUGGGAUCUCCAUGCUGGUUCCAGCUGGAUGGAUCUUCAAAGUGGUCUCCAACCUGCAGGCCACACAAGUGGACUUCAGCCAGCACUGGGUGGCUAUGGCUCUGCAGAACACCAACUCUGUGGGCCUCCUCAUCACUUGUUGCCUUCAGCAUCCCAUCUCAUGGGCCAGGAAGUGAUUAAGUCUCUGGAGUCUACUCAGGAGCCUCACCCAAUGGAGCAGGCUGGAGAAGGUAAUGGUAGGCCAAAAAGCUCAAGGCGUUCAGUGACCCGGAGCUCUGGCCAGACUGCCUGCCGGUGCCCCAACUGCCAGGAGGCUGAAAGAGUAGGUCAGUGCCCUGACAACUCAAAGAAGAAGCAUCUUCACAACUGCCAUAUCCCUGGUUGUGGAAAGGCCUAUGCCAAGACCUCCCACUUGAAGGCCCACCUGCGAUGGCACAGUGGAGAUCGCCCCUUCGUCUGCAACUGGCUGUUCUGUGGGAAGCGUUUCACCCGCUCUGAUGAAUUGCAGAGGCACCUUCAAACCCACACAGGAACCAAGAAAUUCACCUGCCCAGUUUGCAGCCGGGUCUUCAUGAGAAGUGACCACCUCAGCAAGCACAUGAAGACACAUGAAGGUGUCAAGGAGGAAGCAGAGGGAGAAACAAAAGCUGGGACAGAACCUGCUGCCAAGGUCAAACGGGAGCCUGAUGGAAGCUCUUCAAGCACUGCAUCCCAACCCAACUGAGCCUUUCUUUCUCAUCAAGGAUGUCCCCUCCCUAUCUCUUCAUAAUGGCCCCUCUUGGACUACUGACUUGUCUUCUUUGUUCAAGGCUCUGGGAUUACUGCACUCUCUGAGCCAGAACAUUAUUCUGUCUUCAGAGCGAGAGGUUAUUUAUUCUGUUGGAGGAAAGGACAAUAUUGUUGGGACAUGUUGGGAAAGGGCCUUGCCCUUGAGCAGUUUUGGGGUGGGUCUUCACAUUGAGUGUUUGUUUGGGAAGUAUGGGAGGAGAGCUUUCAAAGGUUGGUUUCUGAAGCGGGAUGGGCUGAAUGGGCAGUUACCAAUGGAAGAACGUGGAACUAACUUGUUUCCACCUUGAGAUUGCUAUACCCAGAGAUCACAGCUGUGUAUUAACAGUUUAGAGGUGGACCUAAUUCUUUAGUUUAACCUUGUAGAAAUUUAGGGGUUUAGGUAUAACCAUCCUAUGGUCGGCCCCUAUCCAACAAGUAUGUAGUGUAGUAAGCAAUAUGGCUAGUCCCCUGUUUGGUAGACCAUAUCUCCCUUUUACUAGUCAGAUGUCUUUGCAUCGGUCAGAUGGACAGAAUUGGCAGCUUGUGUCCUGAGCUGCUAUAUGCUCUAAUCUCAAAGUAUCUGGCAGCCCAGGCUUCAUCCUUAACUGUAGUGUUUCAUAAGCAGCUCUAAAAUUCUUAUUUAAUUUUCCAGAUGGUAGUUUGUGGCCUCUGUGAAUCACUGUAAUCUGAAAUAUUAUGUGCUACAGAGAGAUUUUAUUAUUUCUUGAGAAACCAGCUGGAAUGUGGUUUAUACAGACCGCUCGGUCCUAGGUGCAUUGGUUAGAUCACCUGUGAAAAGAUAAGCAGUUCCAAACUGUGGUUGUGCCACUGCACGAAACAUCUCCCCAAAAAACCUGGCCAUUCCUGAUCUCAGAACAAACAACCAAAACCCUUAUAGAAAUAGAGAAACAUGUCUCUGAUACGACUUUUUAAAAAGCCUUGCAGGACAUUUACAAAAUAGUUUUCCAUAUUAAUUUGUAAAGAUACUUUUAGGAUAUACAAAAUCAAAAUCAAAUAAAAGGAAAUGUAUAUUGCUACCAACUAGGCAUUUCAUGCAGAAUGGCUGCCCCUUAUUCAUUUAUUUCAAGAGUCUGAAUGACUUUGACUGCAUCUGAAUAUCAUAAUAGGUCAUGGCCUGUUGGAAUCUGGCUUCCUGUAAUGUAUGAAUCUGCCUCUGAUAAUAAGCCAAAGUUUGUUAACCAGUACAGAACACAAUUUAAAACUGUGGUUUCUGGUUGGCUAACGAACUCUGACUAGUUCUGUUGUUUUUUCUCUGUUUUUUUUUUCUUGGCUACAUAUUAUGGCAAAAUAAAUGGGAGAGAAAGAGACGAAAACACAUCAGGAUUGCAGAAAGCUAGAUUUGGUUUGCUUGAGGAUUUAUUAUGCAGUUCACCAAGCAAUGGCCUGUGGUUAAUACAGACUGUGGUUCAAUCUGAUAUGUAGAUGCAGACAUUGGCAUUUAUUUGUGAUCCUCCCAUGAUUUCACAGUGUAUUUUCAAUUUUUUUUCUUAUCACAAACUGGCUUUUUUCAGAAGGAUAGAAGAGCAUUUAGUCCCCAGAAGCAUAGAAGGAUAAGCUACUAAUUCAUCAUUUUCUUUUUUCAUAAGAAUUUGGGUUUCAGUGUGAACAUUAAUCUAUUUAUUGUCGAAGGCUUUCAUGGAUGGAAUUACUGGGUUGUUGUGUAUUUUCCAGGCUGUAUGGCCAUAUUCCAGAAGCAUUCUCUCCUGACAUUUCGCCUGCAUCUAGGGCAAGCAUCCUCAGAGGUUGUGA